AUGACGUCCAAUAUCCCAGAAAUCAUUCUCCUCUGCAUGGACUCCGAAUUUAUCACCGCCUUUGACGAGGCUUUGCAAACGUACUGGUCUGACUACGAACCGAGCAAGGUGAAGAUCACCAAAUUCAACGAGCGCCUCAACAGCCUCCCACCAUCAGUCAAAUUCGAUCUAGUGGUGUCACCGGCCAACUCCUAUGGUCGUCUAGAUGGCGCAUUCGAUCAUGCUAUCUCAAUGACAUUCAGUCCUCGAGACGACUACCACGCGCUGACUCGCGCAGCCCAGUCUGUCCUGUACGAGAAGUGGCGGGGGUUUGCGCCCCCGGGUUCCUGUUCUCUAGUUGAAUUCCCAGAGAGUCUCAAAGCGAACCAUCGCAACUGCAAAUGGGUAGCGAUCUGUCCAACUAUGAGAGAACCGGAGGACGUGACUUGGGAUCGUGAAGUGGUCUAUGAGUGUGUGUGGAGCUUGCUGUGCCAGGUUGAAGGACACAACCGUGGUAAUGUGGAUAAUAGGAUCGAAUCUCUCCUUAUGACACCGCUGGCUACUGGAAUAGGGAAGGUUAGCAAGGAGCGAUGGGCAGCUCAGACUGUGUUGGCAUUGGCGCAUUACAUUGACGCGCUUGAGAAGCCUGAACAAUGGAGUUCUUUGCAGUGGGAUACUAUUGAGGUGAUUGAUAACGAGGUGCGUCAGACUUGGGCGCCGAAGAAAUAG